AUGAGGAUCUACCCUGGAGGAAAGAGCACGCGCAUCGACUCUCCGCGCCAUCUCACCCGACGUCACUGCCGACGCGUUAUUUCCACCAAUCAACUUAGAUUCGGACGCGACUUCCCCGAGCCCGCUCUUUUCCUCGCAAAUAGCGAACCUGUCGAAGAGGAGAUUGAUCCACUUCCGCCUGGCGAACAGAAGCUCAAUUCAUUCUGGGCUCCUGGUAUCGAAGCGGGUCCCAAGCACACUAUUUCCGUAACUCAAACUGUCACUGCAAAUGGUAGAAGGCUGGACUUGGAGGCUGAUCAGAGCUUCUAUGUUGAUGCACCGCAAUGCUCUUUGCCUGAUGGCAGCGUGCAUUCUACGUACCCGCCAGCAGGAUAUAGCGAUGAUCAUCGCAUUUUACCCCAUGUCGUCUUGACGGAUCCUCAUCUCCCUUGGGAGCGGCCGGGGAGCCCGAAAGGUGGGACGAACGCGGAGCUUAAGGCUCAGAUGAAGAUGCUCGCUUUGAACGCUACUGAUAAGGGUGCUGCACCGCGCAACCGUGUCCCUUGGCUUGUCAUCUUCUCGUUUUCGCAAGAUGAGCUGAGAUUACCUCCAGAGCACUUGGAUGGUUCGAGCCGCAUCUUUCGCAAUACCAGCAAUGGUGUCAUCAAACCUGUCAAACAGUCAUCGAUCAUGACAGUCAACAUGAGCAUCGCAGACUUAUGGAAGCUCAGCUCUGAUGUUACAACACCCGUCACGUCAAGACUCGGUCCAGCCUCCGUGGCAGACAGUCGUGGAGACUUCAUCUUCGUACAGCCAGACUUGUUCACCAGUCUCUUCUCCACCUUUGACGGAAAUGGCAAUCGGGUCAGAGGCACUGGACCGAAUACUUCGCAGUAUCAGUACCUUGCGCAUGUCCGUAAGAUCAAUGGUUCUGGGAUGGCUCUUGCUGGUUUCGAAGAUACAGCUGUCUUUAGUAUCGUCGUGGGUAAUAGGUCAGGACCUCUUGACAAUACCAUUCCCACUACCAUGUGUGCACACCUUGUCUCAAUUGAGGGUGUUGAGGCGAUGAGCUAUCCGACCUCGGCAUAUAAAUAUGUGGCUCUUUGUUCGCUGUACAGCUGGAACUACACGGUACUCCCACCGAACACACUCAACGUCUCAGAUGCCUUUGAGAGUUUAGGUCGCACUCUAAACGUGUUGCGAGCACCGGAAGAAGUCAUCACGCCUUUGCAAGAUUCAAAGGACAAGAUCCAGCAACUCGUCGGACGUCGCCUCAAUGAUGGAUACACCUUGGUCAAAUACCGAACUCAAACAGGUGAGGCCACUGUGGCGCUGUAUCGUGGUCCAUUCACGCCUACAUAA